CGGGCCGCGCUAUGCAUACGUCGGAGGCGUAUGUGUGUUUUCGAGGCGUGUGAUUGGCUGGUCUUAGAAAGAGCCUUGAACUUGAACGCGAUGGGCGUCACGUACUUCUCAUUGAACUAUGGGUCAAGUGACCCACAUGUCUCCUAGCAACAGAACCUGUCAACAAGAAGACUGCAAACUCUACCGCUACUCUCCAUCCACCUGUACAGUACUGCCUGGGUUUGUUUUGCGGUUUUAGUGUUUAUUCAUGAUGUAUAGUGUAGUGAGAAACAAACACCAUCCUCAUUAAACCUCUUUAGUCUUUAAACGUCUUUAAUGUUUGAGAACAGGAUGUGGUCUGUCAGUCAGCACUAGUGAAAGCAUUAUUUGGAUUUAAACAGAAUGCACAUCCAGUGGAGUCCUUUAUCUUCCAGGAAUAUGCCACUCAGACCUCACACAAGGUCGGUGCCUAUAACCUCCUACGUUUCACAACAAAACUUUAAAAGAAGUGUGUCAGCUCGCUCACUAGGUCAGCGCACACAAGCUGGCCACACUAACCGGUGGCAGCUGCCAGGUGCUUUAGGCAGUGACCUAUUGGGACAGGCACAGGUUCAGAGGGCAGAGGAGUUUGGCAAUAAAUCAUCAGACAGAAAAAAUAAUUCAGCUGACCCCAUGGCACUCCACUGGCACGAGGAUGCCACUAGCUGCCCACUCCCUUUGCCACGUCUCAUUCACCCGCUCUCGGCCAGCCGACGUACCCGACUCUGCAAAGAUGCCACAUGGUCUUCAAAGCAUGACACUCCAGAGGAACGAUUUUAUGUUUUGUUUCGCAGAGUGGUCCAUAACGCUAAACCAGAUGCAGUACUGGAAUGUCUGGGGGUCAGGUGGGAGCUGCAUUGCUCCAUCAUGAGUAGCUCAGACACAUUAUUUGAGUUGUAUACCAACAGCAAGAGACAGCGGGAUGUCGAGCUACAGGAGAGAGCAGUCAUUGGUAAAGGCAGCAGAGUUAGUAGUUCUGCAUGUGGGAGAGGACUGGUCUACAGGAAGUGGCUACUCAGCGGUCCUUUGACUCUCCGACUGCAUGUCAAAGAUGCCUCCAUCAAUAAAGAGGCAUUGUCUUUUGCCCUGCGUACACUGUAUGACCCUGCGGAACGCCCUGAUGAGUGGGGAGAGGCCGUACUCUCCACUGCUGCAUUACUGGGAAUGUCAAACCUCUUCCAGAAGUGUCUUAAAGAGAUGCUGACACAUAUCUCAUCUUCGACUGUGUGCAGCUUUCAUCAAGUGUCUUGCAAGUUGAAAGAGACUUUUCUCCAGAGAGCAUGUGAGCGCUGGUUGGAGCUGUUCCUAGUGACCGAACUCUCUUUCCACAUAAAACUCAAAGAUUUGCCUUUUGACCUGCUGCUGAAGACCCUGCGUAGUCCAAGACUGUUUGCAUCUAAUGAGUAUGAGGUCUUGAGAGCAGUGCUGUACUGGUUGUACCUGAAGUUAAACCCCCUCAGAGAGACCCUACCUGCCCAUAGCAUCAUCAUCCACUUCUUCUCCAGGGAAACGGCUGUUUUCUUGGAACAGCCUCAGGGUCAAAAAUACAUCACUAUCUUUCAAGCUCUUCGUAUGCAUGGCAUUACUGAAUGGCAGCAUCUGCAGGAGCUGCAGAACAUCAGAGUGCUUCCUGAAUCCUGGCUGCUGAGCAUCCUGUCAAACCAUUAUCACACUCUUUACAGCGGAGGCGACAUGGUCGUGACUGACUUCUCCAAACAAGCCAUCCGGUUUGGAAUGAUGUUUCAUAGGGAAGAGGAGUGCUGCACUCAAACCAUCAGCCUCUGUGGUUUUUACUUUCUUCUCCAAGGUGCUAAAAUGGGUGAAUCAGAUACGUACAUCUUCUCCAUUGAGAGGUUAAGACACUGGGAUCCUGCUGUAUCACAGUCUUCCAUAGUGAGCCGUCCAUACUGUAUGAGGCCUGAUCGAUCUAUGUGCUAUCAAAUCACAGUACAAACCUUCGCCAACGGCAAGUGGCAAGAGCACAGCAGUGGACCUGUCAAUCAAGAGUUUGGCUUAUGCAAACGCCGCUGUAAGAGCAAGCCAUUUCAGAUUGAAGGACUGUUUCCACCCAUCCUGGUCACCUUCGCUUUGGCAUUCCCAUUUUGAUGUUGCAUCUGCCUGGGCUUUUUGCUGUUAAAUAAAACUAAUAUCACUCCAUUUAAUUGUAAAUAUAUUAAUUGAUUAUACCUAAUGUCAAAAUGCUUUUGUAUAUUUCAUGUUCAUGUAUGGUGAACAGCUAUGUCUAAUAACAGCUAUUGUACUACUUAUGCCCUUAAAGUCACUGCAUUAUACAUGAGUAAUGCACAUGCUGGAUAUGAGUGUUUAA